AUGCAAAACUUUGGCAGGAAACCCAUGCCCUGUUUUAACGAUUACUGAAAAUGUAGGAAGCUAUACCCCAUGGAUCGAGGAGUUAUCAAAAUUGCAGAAAAGUACAGCAGGAAGAAAAAUGAUGAGACAACGAGAAUUAAGGGUUGAGUCAAAGCUGAGGAUUCUUGAACAAGUAAAACAUAUAAAAAUUGUUGAAGGUUAGUUUUAAACUAUAGUGAAUUGAAAGAAAUUUUUUUUUUUAAAAAAAAUUAAAUAAAUAAAUUAUAUUAUAGAAGAAUAAUUUAGAUAGAGAAGCAGCAUUGCAGGAAAAAAGGAGUCAUAUUAACUGCAAGAGUCCAUCCAGGCGAAACAAAUUCCUCUUACAUGAUGAAAGGUGCUAUCGAUUUCUUAUUAAGUGACAGCAAAGAAGCUAA